GAAAGGGGAGCUAAGCCAGGGAGACUCUUUGGCAACUGGAAAACAAAUCAUAAAAAUGCUGUUUCCCAGUGCAGGCUGGCACAGUGCCCAGGACUGCUGCCCCACCAUCAGGAGCUCAGGGCUGCGCUUGCCUCAUCUUUUCCAGAACUAUGUGCACCCGGCUACGUCAGCUUUCAGGUAUGCAGGAGCUCUGCGGUGACAGGCUUCUCUCCUCUCUCCUUCCUUAUUAAAUCUGCCUUCUUCUUGCCUCCUCCGUCCCCCAAACCAUCCCCACAGCCCAGCCCUGGUCCCCUCCCCAAGCCAGGCCUAGCGGGGGCCUGUGAUCAGCCUUCUUGCAAGGCAGAGCCCCUGCUGGGGAGGAGACGCAGAUGCGGGGUGCUGGGGGAGGGGCAGAAGCACCACAUCAUCUAACAGGUUGGUCGGGCUGGGAGGCGUCCCGCCCUCUUGCAGCUAAUGAGCACUGUGCGACAGGUGUUUGCAUCUCAGUCCCCAGCUUGCUCUGGCUGCGACAGGAGGCAGCCGCCUGCCACUCACCUCCUCUCCAAGGCUCACUUGCUCGCUUGCUCACCAGGCCCCUGGGCCCUCCCGCUCCCAGGCCGGGGGUAGGGGCCACCAUGGCCUGCCGAUCGUGUGUCGUUGGCUUCAGCAGCCUCAGUGGCUGUGAGGUGACCCCGUUGGGCAGCCCCCGGCCUGGGACCUCUGGAUGGAGCAGCUGUGGGGCCCCCGGGCCAGGCUUCAGCUCCCGAAGCCUCACAAGCUGCUGGCCAGCUGGCACCAUCCCCAAGGUGACCAUGAACCCCAGCCUGCUGGUGCCCCUGGACCUCAAGGUGGACCCAGCUGUCCAGCAACAGAAGAACCAGGAGAAGGAAGAGAUGAAGGUCCUCAAUGAUAAAUUUGCCUCCCUGAUUGGCAAGGUACAAGCCCUGGAACAGCGCAACCAGCUGCUGGAGACCCGCUGGAGCUUCCUGCAGGGCCAGGACUCAGCCACCUGCGACCUUGGGCACCACUAUGAGGCAUACCAGGACCGGCUGCAGGAGGAACUGCGCAAAAUCAGCCAGGAGAGGGGACAGCUCGAGGUCAACCUGCUGCAGGUGCUGGAGAAGGUGGAAGAGUUCCGAAUCAAGUAUGAGGAUGAGAUCUCCAAGCGCACAGACCUGGAGUUCACCUUUGUGCAGCUGAAGAAGGAUCUGGAUACUGAGUGCCUUCGCCGGACGGAACUGGAAACCAAAUUAAAAGGCCUGCAGAGUUUUUUGGAGCUGAUGAAAACCAUCUAUGAGCAGGAGCUGAAGGACCUGGCAGCCCAGGUGAAGGAGCUGUCAGUGACCAUCGGCAUGGACAGCCGCUGCCACAUCGACCUAACUGGCAUCGUGGAGGAAGUGAAGGCCCAGUAUGACGCCAUCGCGGCCCGCAGCCUAGAAGAGGCCGAGGCACACUCACGGAGCCAGCUGGAGGAGCAAGCUGCUCGCUCAGCUGAGUAUGGGAGCAGCCUCCAGAGCAGCCGCUGCGAGAUUGCUGACCUCAACGUGCGCAUCCAGAAGCUCCGGUCCCAAAUCGUCUCUGUCAAGAGCCAUUGCCUGAAACUGGAGGAGAAUAUCAAGGCAGCCGAGGACCAGGGCGAGCUGGCCUUCCAGGAUGCCAAGGCCAAGCUGGCCCAGCUGGAGGGCGCCCUGCAGAAGGCCAAGCAGGACAUGGCGCGGCAGCUGCGCGAGUACCAGGAGCUCAUGAACGUCAAGCUGGCUCUGGACAUUGAGAUCGCCACCUACCGCAAGCUGGUGGAGGGCGAGGAGCACAGGAUGGACCUGCCCUCGGCCACCACCACCGUGGUCAACACCAUGCAGUCCUGGCCCAGACCCGCUACCUCCAAGCCAGGCCUCUCCAAGGCCCCCUCGAGAAGGAAGAAAAAGAACCGCAGAGGCCCCGUGAUCCAAAUCACCGAAAUGUCAGAGAAGUACCUCUCUCAGGAGUCGGAGGCCUCAGAGUAAGGCAGCUGGACCCCAGGAGCCCCAGGACACUCCAACUCCAGUGGGAGGGACUUAAACUAGACUCAUAAAAGCACCCAGAAACCUCCAGGUUGGGAGGGGAGACGAAAACCUGAUACUGAACUGAGAGAAGCCAGGGUUCCAAACUGGGACUGCUAUUUUGUGGAUGGCCAGGCUGAGAGGUAAGCGUCACCAGCUCCACUCCAGCAUCAUCAGUCCUCUCUUCCAACCUGCUGGUCACAGGCUUUCCCAGCUGGGUAAACUGGAACUUAUGGGGCCAGUUUAUGUCCACCUUCCCACUGCUCCAAGGCUCUUCCUCCAACAUAGGGCUCUCACCAAGGUACUUUGACUCUUUUGCCCAAUGCUUGCCCUAAACUCCUCUCUCAAGCCUUGCCUUGCCUCUGCCUCAGAAGUGAGGCUGGUGCCCAUUCCACCUGCCCAGGCUAUGAGCUGGGCUAGGAGGACCACUUGGGCCCUAUCCCAUGUCUGGACUUCACGGGGAGGCUGGUGCUAAGGACCGUUGGCUCCCCAGACAUCUGACAGUAUUAGGGAGUAAGGGGAGGUGGGGCCCUGGCCACUCGAGACCUGAACCUGGACAGCCUUAGAUCACCCUGGACAUCUGUGCCCUGCUGUCCUCCUGUGGGCCUCUCCCAGGAGACCACAGUAAGAACCAGGCACCUCCAGCCAGCUCUCCCACCUCUCCAGAAGCUGCUGCAGCCAUGGUCACCUCCUUGCGCUUCUGGGAUUCAUCAGAGACUGGGACCUGAGCUCUCUGCCCCCAGCCCAGGUCUCUCCCAGCCUCAGCACCUGGCUUUGGUGCACCAGGUCCUGCAGACUCCUAGCCCCAUCCUUGUGGUGAAACCCCAGCCCAUUUUCCCUGACUUCCACUUCUCAGGGCCCUAUUCUCCUCCCUGCUGGGUCAAACAGCCUGACCCUCCCCUCUGCAUUUACUGAGGAACCCAGGACACCCACCCUAAGGACUUCAUCUUCUCUUCCUCCUCCUCUGGCCCCCUCUCCCUCCUCAUGGCCACACCCCUGCCUGUAGCUAGCCAGGAGGAAGGCACAGUCCAGGCAGAUCUGGGAGCUUCUGAGCCCCACUUAGGCUGGGAAGCCCCAAUGUCUCCUUAAAAGGGCUCAACCAAAGAGAAAACUUCUAAUCCAACAGGAAGACCUGGGGUUGGUAGGAAUGUUCCUGUUCCCCUCUCUGGGGGGACCUGGCAGGGUCAGCCUCAACUCAAGGCACUUCCUCUCUCCCCUUCCCUUCCCCCAACCUACCCCUUCCCUUGCCUCCUCUUUUAGCCUGUCUCUGAUCCCUUCAUCUCAUUUUCCAGGACAGGGUGGCCUAAGGCUUUGGCUUUGCCUAAUCCCCUGGGGCAGGGAUGGGGUGCUGAUGGGCCACCAAAUCUCUCAAGCCAAAGGGAACUGGGCCAGGUUUUCAUCCAUGAUGUCCCCAAAGAGGUUGCUGAUUGCUGCUUUCUCUCGGGCUAUUUAUUGGUUUCCAAUGGAGCAAAUCCUCAGUGGGAUAUGAGAUAUAUAAAAUAUAUAUUAUUUUUUCAUAACUUAUAUGGCUUUUAACUUAUUGCUUCCCUUCCUGUUUCUGCACAAUCAGUGCUCUGUAUACUAACUGGACCUUAGACAACACAUAAUCCCAGCCAUCCCACCCUUCUGGAUAUGCCCCCACUCCCCGCCAAGGGAUGAAUAGUGUUGAGAUUUUGUCCAUGGAUGAAACUGUGUGUCUGUUUUAUCUCAUCCCUGAGGAUGAGUCAGUCACUGGAAAACCAGAUUGAUCAUGGGAUGGUAUA